AUGGACCCCUUAAAGGAGAAGAGCAGCGGCCAUGACGCUGAAGGCAAGAGCGCCAAAGCUGGCGACGAGCUUGCUGGUUCCAGCAGUCACAACGGUGGUGGGCGUGGAAAUGCUUAUGCCAGUCCCAAUGGUGGGCGGCAGCUGAGAGCGGGUAGUCCCGACGGCGGGCGGCAGAGAAGGGAUCAAGAUGGUAACCGGGGGCUCAGUCUGGUACGGUGUCUUGGUGAUGGCAGGCGGCGAGAUAGUCACGGUGGUGCAGACGGAGCCGUUGCAAGCAGUGGUGGUGACGGGAGGCCGGGGAAUGACAAUGACACACUUCUCACAAGGAGGCGCCGGGGUAGGGCAGACGUCGCAAGUCUUGACAAUAGUGCAGUUGUCGCCGGUGCAGUCGAACUUCUUGCCGGCAUCCGCAAAGGGGCAAGUCUGGAAGGUGCAGGAGCCGUCGGCGCAGACGUACUUCUUGUUGCACAAAUCGCCAGUGCAGGCCUCGACCUUGCAGAAGUUUCCGUAGCAGGUGAUCUUCUGGUCGUACUCGGCCAUGCCAAUGGUGACGUACUUGCACUUGCCAGAGGUGCACACAAUCUUGCGGCCACAGUCGUAACCGUUGCAGGCCUCGGGGCGCCAGACACCAUCGUUGCAAACAAGGCGACGCAAGCAGUCAGGGCCGAUGCAAGUGUAGUCGAAGCCACAGAAUUCACCGUACCCAACAAUGACCUUGUAACAGUCGUCGCCGAAACAGGGAAUGUUGCCGCACUUCCCGUUGGCGCAAAGGCCGCCAGUGGGAAGCAAGCCCGUGGGGACAACGGUGGUGACGACAGUCACAGUACCGCUGACGGUGGUAGUGACAACCGAGGUGGUACUACCGGAAGCUCCAGGGACGGUGGCGUUGACGGCAGGGUUGACGUAGAUGGUGAAGCGGAUGUCGGAAGCGAUAACUCCAGGCAACUGGCGCUUGAGAAGAGGAGCAGAAGCACGGCCACCGCAGCGCUGGGCAGAGUUACCAGGGCAAGGAAUGUUGCACUGCUCCUCGGGGGCCUUGACCUCGUUGACAUCGUCGACAAAGUCGCCGCAGAAGCAGUCGUUGCCAAAGACGGCAGCGUAGCGCUUGCUGACGGUGCAAGCAGCGAUACAGCGGUCGAUGGUCAUGACCUCGGCGGACAGAGUCAGAGUGAAAGUCGGGAAGCUGGAAGGAGAUCCGAAGCAGCCAAGGGUUGGGAGACACCGAGGCAGUGGAAGAAGAAGUGGCCGACUCUGAUCACUCUGACCGUCGGGGGAGAACGCGCCGGUCGCCACGAACGGAGACUGUCCAGGAGGGACAACCUUGCAGCCCAAAGACGUGAGAAGGAGAGUCUGGUCGCCGAACUGCACGUUGAUGGCCUGGCCCGUCGCGAUGGUCCUGAUGAGGCCGAACGGCACGGUGCCGGAGUAGGCGAGGGUGCCACCCCCCGCGUAGCCGCUGGGAGGAGGAGUCGCCACGGGAGCGGCCGUGGUGGUGGUGUUGGUGAACUGUCCCAUGACACCGCCCACGAGGGCCUGGCCCACGAGGGCGCUGAAAGCGAUGCUGCGCAUGGCUAA